UUCAUGACCAUUAACCCUGCAGACCCCUUCCACUAUAUUACAUUUGUGUAUGUUCUAUUCUUUAGCACAUUAAGGAUGGCCGUGCAGCACUUGCAAGGAUGGACAGGGGAGUAUCUAUGCCUAAUAUGUUGGAACCAAAAGUGUAUCCCUAUGAAAUGCUCAUGAUAACCAGUAGAGGGAGAGCUAAACUGCCCAGGGAUGUGGACAGAACCAGACUGGAGCGCCACUUAGCACCUGAAACGUUCUUUGACAUCUUUGGAAUGGAGAUCCAGGAGUUUGACAGGCUUCCCCUGUGGAAACGCAACGACAUGAAAAAGAGGGCCAAGCUCUUCUAGCAUGCACAUUCUGUACAUUCAUCAGAUAGCACACAACUUCUGUACUCUAGAUGUAGGUUUUUUUUUGGUUUCUUUCCUUUUCUUCUGGAUCUUUCUUUUUUCUCCUGGAACACUGACGGAAGCUGGAGACGGACUCUUUUGGCUCUGACGCUUCCUGAGACUGUGAGCAGGAUGAUUUUUACAGUUAGCUGCACAGGAAACACGAGCGGGAAUCUCUUCAGUUCAAAAAUGACAAAGAAUGCAAGUGACCGAUAAAUAGGGUCAUGUUAUUUGAUUUGCUUGUUUUUUCUUCUUUCUUUGCUUCGGGUGGAAAUGCUUUCCUUUCUUUCGUGCUUGUUUCUUCCUCCUCUUUGUUGCUGAUGAUUCCUGUGGAACUUUGUAAGUACAUUCGAACCUCAUGGCGCCGUUUUGCUCGUAGCUUGAACACGUGUCAGCUUUCCUCUGCUUGGGCUGAAACUGUUUUAGUCCAAAGUUUGCAAGAAUCGGCUCAGUGAGUCUUUGAAUUUAAAAAAAAAACAGAAACAGUGGGGGGGCGGCCAGCGGACCCAUCAGCUGUUUUAAGGAUCUUCAUAGAAAUUAAUCCACACGCCAUCAGGCUCCUCCCCUCGCCGGCUGUACACUCCAAACAUCAUCCGACCCCGACUUAAAGAAAACGUCUCUCUUCUCAGGCCACACUCUCCCUUUAUGUAUCAGAAGGACAUAUCGUGAUCUAUUUUAACGCCCUAUCAAACGUACAGUAACCGACCCGCAGAUCAAAACGUUCAGAAGCAGACUGUGUUUGGAAGAACUGUUUUAUAAAUGAAACCCACACUGCCAUUUGUUGUAUUGAAAUCUAAGCCAAUAAAGCUUUAAAUCACCAUGAA